CCUUCCCCAGCUCGCAGCCCUCGCGCCAGAUUACCGCCUUCGCGCAGCGGCAGAGCGAGUGCGCCAAACGUGUGUGGAUCUGACCCACGCUGCCUGCGACCGGACUCAGCCUCCCGCUUUUCUCUGAGUGAGACACCACGAAGAUGGACAAAAAGAGCGAGAUCAACGGCCACGCCGUGGCCAGCUCGGCCUCCACCGACCGGAUCCUGGAGAAAAGCGCGCAGAGAAGCUUCAGGGAGAGGCUAGCGGAGUUUCUGAGAAAGAACCUGCUGGUGAUCAUGACGGUGUCUGGUGUGCUCGUGGGCGUCGGACUCGGCAUGAUGGUCCGCAACAUGAAUCUGACCAAAGCCCAAAUGACCUACUUCGCCUUCCCUGGAGAGAUGCUCCUUCGGAUGCUGAAGAUGAUCAUCCUGCCUCUGGUGGUGUGCAGCCUGAUAUCCGGCGCCGCCAGCCUGGACACCCGCUCCCUGGGCAAGCUGGGGGGCAUCGCGGUCGGGUACUUUCUGGUGACCACGCUGAUCGCCUCGGCGAUCGGAGUGGCCCUGGCUUUCAUCAUUAAGCCCGGCGUGGGCGCAGGAGCGCUGAACACCAACAACCUGGGUCUGGAGAGCGUCAGCAGCAAUAAGGAGACAGCGGACUCGUUUCUGGACCUGGUCAGGAAUUUAUUUCCAGCGAACUUGGUGGCUGCUGCUUUCCGCUCUUAUGCUACUGACUACAAAAUGGUUGCUGUGGGAAACGACACCAAUGGGACCGUUCUCUAUCAGAAGGUCCCUAUUGGUACAGAAACAGAGGGCAUGAACAUCCUGGGUUUGGUCUUAUUUGCCAUGGUGUUUGGUGUGGCGCUGAAGAAACUGGGACAAGAAGGGGAGGAACUGAUUCGGUUCUUCAAUGCGUUCAAUGAGGCCACCAUGGUGUUGGUUUCGUGGAUCAUGUGGUACAUCCCUUUCGGUAUCAUGUUUCUGGUUGGGAGUAAGAUUGUGGAGAUGGAAGAUGUGGUUCUUCUGGUCACUAGUCUGGGGAAGUACAUCUUUGCUUCCAUACUGGGACACAUCAUUCAUGGAGGCAUCAUUCUGCCUCUCAUCUACUUUGGCUUCACCCGCAAGAACCCCUAUAGUUUCCUGUCUGGCCUCAUCACACCCUUCACCACCGCCUUUGCCACCUGCUCCAGUUCAGCAACACUUCCAUCUAUGAUAAAGUGUGUUGAAGAGAACAACGGAGUGGAUAAACGUAUCAGCCGUUUCAUCCUUCCCAUCGGGGCCACGGUUAACAUGGAUGGUGCGGCCAUCUUCCAGUGCAUUGCGGCCGUUUUCAUCGCACAACUCAACAACGCUGAGCUGAACGCAGGACAGAUCUUCACCAUUCUAGUAACAGCCACAGCGUCCAGUGUCGGUGCAGCAGGCAUCCCAGCCGGCGGGAUCAUCACCAUUGCCAUCAUCCUAGAGGCCAUCGGCCUACCGACCAACGACCUGUCCCUCAUGCUGGCUGUGGACUGGAUUGUGGAUCGGACCACAACUGUGGUAAAUGUGGAAGGUGACGCUCUGGGCGCUGGAAUCCUUCAUCACAUCAACCAACUAGAAAUGAAGAAACAGCAGGAGCAGCAGGGGGAGGAGCUGGCAGAUGUCCGCGUGGAAGCGGUGGCUAAUGUCCAGGCAGAAGAGGAAACCUCGCCACUCGUCAUGCACCAAAACAGAGCGUUAGCCGCUACGCCAGAAGCUAUCGAGUCUGUCCUGUGAGCCUUUUUUUUGCCCUCUGCCCCUUCAACCCUUUAACACUUUUGACAUUACUAUGGUUGGGACGCCGUCCUGCCUCAGCAAAAAAAAAAAAAAAAAAAACAAGGUCACAGACAAUUUUACUUGUGAGGAAACAAACUGGGGUAAAGUGCCAUAGGAAGAGUGUGUUAAGAGACAGUCCUGCCAUGCUGCCAUUGCUCUUCAGAACAUUUCAGUGCGGGAGUUUCCAUCCAUGUAUUUAAAAGCAGAUUAGGUUAUGAUUUUGAUGAAAUAAUAAUAAAAAAAAAACUCAUCAAACUAUGAUCGACACACACUGUGAAAAAUAUCCCUAAACUACUUUCAUACAUUUCUUACCUUGGUUGAGCUCAUGUACUGUGUACUAUGAGAGACCGUAGGAAGUUUUUACAUUUGAAUAUAAUUGUGUUUCUUUGUCUUUAAAGACAGAAGAUUAUAUUAACAUUAAAUAGAACGCAAACAACUUGACAAUAUGACUAGUGCACAUUCAUCACUACUGUACAUCUUUAUUGUGCCAACAGUCUUACACCCAAACGUUAGCUGGUUGAAAAGUACAUAUUGGAUUCUAGUUUAUUUGCUUUGCCUUUUUAGAUAGCUGAAAGACGUUGUCCUACAAGUUAAAAGUUGAAAGUCAACUUUUGAAGUUUUCAAGGUUUAAUAGUUGCUUGUCAGAAUCUGGGGAGCUAAAUAUUACCCAUGGCUGUUUGCUGACCUUGAGCAGCCAAUUUCAAACAUGAACCUUCACAUGACAAGUUUAGCGUUUAGCCUAUUUUUUUUGGAGAAGCCUCCCACAUUCUGUUUAUCUAGUGACACACUGGGCCAGUAAGUUUAAGUGUUUUGGAAUAGAAUACACGCAUUAACUGUUACCUCACGUAAAACCCAAUGACAUCUGAGAAUGCGCUAGCUUUGGUUUGGCUACUAAGACCAGGUUUUAAAAAUCUCCACUGCCAUAGGAAAAAUAAAAAAACAGGAUUAGUCACACUUUCUGUCAUUUUAAAUGAAAAUCAUUUUCAAAACUUAUUUUUAUUAGAUUCUGAGCUAUAUGUGUGAAAAUAUGGAAGUAGCUCGUAGCCAGUUUGGAUUUCUGUAAGCUAGUUUACCAGCUAAAGCUAAUGACAACUACAAUUUUACUAGUCUUAGCUAGCAACUAACUUAGCUAAUGUUCACAUCAGGUGUUUACUCACAGCUACUAAACCUGAUAGCUAGCAGUUGUAACAGAAUAAAUAGUAAAAAAUUAAAAUAAUAACAAAAUAACAACCAGACGCUGAACAUAAUGUAAUUCACUACCUGUUAUUUGAUGGCGUCUUGAUGAACUUAUGCGAUACUGUGGGUGAGACGUAGUCACUGGACUUAACAAUACAGUCAACUGAACAUAAUUUCUUUCGUACUGUAAAUUUAAUUGUCCUAAAUCAUGAAAACACUCCGCUCUCCCAUUUAUUGAAGAUCACACACAAGGUUUAUGAUUGUCACUAAGGUCUGCCAUGUGAUUUUACUUGAGAAAUCACAACAAAUCCAUAAAGAAUUUGAUCUAAAUCAAAUCAGUUUAUCCUAUGUUUACACAAAUACUGGACCAAACUGCAUGAUGAACUCACAUCAUGUUUUAUUAUGUGAAUGCAUGUUUUAUUUUAUUUUUAGUGUCAGUGUUGGAGGUUUAUAUAAUGUUAAACUUAGUGGAAGUUAAUAUGAUGUUUAUUUAAAUCUGUAUUUUAAUUGUCUUACAGACCCGAUGUCAUGGUUCAGUGUGUAUUAAGCUAUAUCACAGAUGGGUGAACUUACGUCUAAAAUUGACAGUUAAAUACAUGUUUAGAAAAAAAACAUUAUCUCUGAUUACAUGGAUCACUACGAGCUUUCAUAACUUUUAUUUGGUUGGCAGAAUGAUUUUUUUGCUGUUGGCAGAUAAUUUUAUAACUGGUUUAAGACCUUGCUAUAAUCAUGAUGUAUUUUUAAAAUGGCCUAUGAUGAUAUGCUAUAACGAUCAUGUUAUCAAGCAACCUGUGCCAAAUGUCUAAUGAUUUUGCAAGUGUCUCUCUCUUUAGUAUACAGGACUUGACUGGUGAUUUGGAUGGACCUGUGCUGUCCUCUAGUGGUGACACAUGAUUGUUCGGCCAUAAAGCCGCCUUCGUGAUUUCCUACAGCGUUUGUGUCUGGCAUUGUUGAAUGGAAAUAUUUCCUAUUUAUUUGAAAUUAUUUAAAAUUCGGUGGAUCAUCUGGUGAUGAGCUUUCUCCAUUACUCAGUCUUGUAAUGUCAAACUGUAUUUUAAAGUGAAGACCAUUCAGAGGUGAAUGAUCACCUUCUGUCCGAGAUGCUCAUGAGGAUGUGCUGCUGCUGCUUCAGUCAUGGAUCAUGGUGUGUCUGUUGAACUGUCUGCCAUAUGUCUGAACAUUUCCCAAUGUGUGCUCCUACACAUUUCUAUACUAAAAUCUGCUCUAUAGCCUAAAGUUGAGUAAGAUUAUGCUUUGUUAUGGUACAAUCACAAGUAAUGACAUGGAUCAUGGUACAUACACUAUAUAUAUUGAUAUUAAUUUAUUUUAAUUGAACUUUUUGUAUUUUCUCCUUUUAACAUUCUAUGCGACUUUCAAGUAUUGCUAUGAUUCUUGACUUUUUAAUGAAUUCCUUGCCAUAAUAACCUGUUGUUAGAAACAAACUUUAUUUUUGGUUGUGUUUGUGCGUGCAUUUUGUUUUUUUAGACAUAGCUGUGAUCUUGCCUGUCAUGUCACUCUAGAGCUCUCUCUUUGCUGUUGCUCCUUCUGUCUGUUAACAAUAAAGGUGAUCUGAACAUUUGAA